GUAUGCUGAUCUCUUGUGUGUUCAUUGUCGCGACGGUUGGUGUGUACGUAUGGCUGCCGGAGUUGAGAAACAUGCACGGCCGAGUCCUGCUGCCGUACCUACUCUGCCUCUUCGGCGGCUUCAUCUGCAUGGCCAGUAUGCAAAUCAUGAUCACGUUAGACAAUAUCUCCGCCGAUACCUGUCUCGUACUAACAAUCAUCAUUUACUACUUCCUCGAAGCGGCUUUCUUCUGGCUUAACGUCAUGAGCUUCGAUAUCUGGUGGACUUUCAGUGGCAAAGGCGGAAUGGGGAUGAGUAAGUUAUCUAAAAGAUUCUGUAUAUAUUCGAUUUACGCGUUCGGAAUGCCGACCCUUCUUACAAUAAUACUGGCGUCUCUUGAAUUCUCCGGCCUGCAGCCGCAUCCGCUGCUACCAAUGCUGAGGUACCAGAGCUGCUUCUUAUCCGGGAGAAGCAAACUGUUGUACUUGUACGGUCCGAUGUUCAUACUGUGCGUGGCGAAUAUUGUGUUCUUCGUGAUGACAGCGGUGAAGAUAGCACAGAUCAAGCAGCAGACCGCAGUGCUCAAGUCUAAGGAGAGUGCCAUGCACGACCAGCACAGGAAGGACAAGCAAAGGUUGCUGGUGUAUUUGAAACUGUUCGCCGUGAUGGGAAUCAACUGGAUCCUGGAAGUUGUGAGCGCGCUCUACCCUGAUGCGGAAUACAUCUGGAUGUUCACCGAUGCCUACAACCUGCUCAUUGGGGUCAUCAUCUUCUUCAUCUUCGUCUGUAAGCGGAAGAUAUUCCACCUCAUUAAGAAGAGAUACAAGCAGCUCCGGGGACAACCUAUGUCACGCACUCAAACAACUACUACUCUAAAGACUUUCAGUCGCGACGACUUCACAAUGACUUCGGUGAAGAACGGUUAAGAAGCAAAAAGAAC